AAUCUGAUCAAUAAUAUUCGACUACUUAAUGAUUUGUCAUUUUGCUUGAAUCAACAGAAAGAUAUGUUAUUUUGAAAUGCUGCGUUAGGCAGAUAUUUAGGUGCACAGAGUACUGUCCGCAUGUUUGCACGUUCGUAAAUCGACAAACAGAGUUCUUUCACGUAAAUAGGAAAGAUAAGGAACCAAUUUAUUUUCUUAAAAACUUAAUCAAUUCUUUAGCAGAUACAUCCGUUAACAGAUACCCUCUCUACAGAACUCUUUCUUACAACAUUAUAUAUUUGUAUAUUUGAUCGCGACUUUUGAUUGUUAUAUUAUAUAAAAAAUUGUAUAUUGCAUAUUUGCUUUAUCUAUUGUACUUUCAAGUAAACUGCUUGAGUCAUUGCCUGUGUAACCUUCACAAUCAAUUGCGUCAAGACCAAUUGCCAAAAGAGGCAAUUACCACGUCAUGGAGUGGCACAAUUACAGAGAUUCUAUUUUGCGAUACCAAAAUACCAGAAAGACAAAAUUGCUAUCUUAUCUAUUUAUCGCAUGGUUGCAAUGGUACACCGAUAGACGCUUGAUCGAACGACCUGACGACUUAGUUUAUGAUUAGAUGUUUGUCGAUUUAUCCAAGCGUAACAAAGCCGUCGAAAGAAUUCGAACAAAUAAACCGGUUAACGUAGCCUAUUUAUUCAUAUGAGCGAUAAUUCCGUCGGUGCCAGACAGUCCUCAUAAUUCAAUAUUGAAAUUGCCGUAAUGUCGAUUUCUUCAUUUAUCUUCUCUAUUGACCGAUAAUCAAGAAAGAUGGAGAAUCUGUGUGUCUGUGACGAGACCAAAUGUCUCCUUAUCUGCACGAGUGCGCUCGUCAGAAAAGGAGUAAACGAGCUGGUACAUUAGUAGUUCUGAUUUGAAGCUCUGUCCGCGAUAAACCCUUCCAAUAGCUUCAGUCACAUGGUCGAGCCCGCUACAAUCGAGCGUGGAGCGUCGACGGCAAGUUUGCGGUUGCCGUCCAGAGGAGAAGAUAAAGACCACCACCGCCGCCUCCGCCACCACCGCCAAACAGAGAGUGGCAGUCCAAGCAUGUGUCAUUGAAUUUUGAAUCACUGUUGACAGUGUCGGCGAAUCGGUACAACGUGUUCCGCGCUCUCGUUCCUCGUCCCCGUUCUCGGCAUAAAGAAAAAAUGGCACAAGAAAAGGAAAAACAGCCGGCCGGAAAAAUCGAGCUGAAGAGAGAGCUGGGACUCUUCAGCGCCGUCAGCAUCAUCCUGGCGGUGAUGAUCGGUUCCGGCAUUUUUGUUUCACCAACCAGCGCCCUUGAGCGAUCAGGAUCUGUGGGAUUUUGCUUGAUCGUUUGGAUUAGCUGUGGAGUGCUGUCCUUGUUAGGCGCGUUAGCCUUCGCCGAGUUGAGUACCGUGGUACCACGUUCCGGCGCCGAAUAUGCAUACUUCAUGGAGGCCUUCGGGCCAUUACAUCCUUACGCCGGUCAGAUACCGGCGUUCAUCUGUUCCUGGGUCUACGUGAUGUUGCUGCGACCGGCGGAGGUGGCGGUGAUCAUGUUGACUUUCGCGGAAUAUAGCGUGCAGCCGUUUUCCGGAUUCUUCUGUAACAUAUCCGUCGAUUCCAUGGCAAUACUGAAGAAGCUCAUAGCGGUCAUGGCAUUGGGUGUGAUAACAUAUAUCAAUCUCAUCAGCGUCAAACUCUAUGUAAAAGUGCAGAACGUGUUCACCGUGUGCAAAGUGAUCGCUUGUAUGGUAGUGAUCGGCGGUGGAAUAUGGUGGCUGGGUUCAGGCCACGUGGAACUCCUCCGUGAUCCUUUUCGCGGCACUACCACGUCAGCUGGUAACAUCGCCCUGGCCUUCUACAGUGGUCUCUGGGCAUACGACGGAUGGACCUCGGCCGCGAUCGUCACCGAAGAAAUCAAGAAACCUGAAGUCAAUAUUUUUCGGAGCACCCUCAUUGCUGUACCCACCAUCACCGUUCUGUACGUAUCCAUGAAUCUGAUGUAUAUGGCAGCGCUAACAAUACCAGAAAUGAAGAGCGCACCGGCAGUGGCGGUUCUUUGGGCGGACCGAGUCUUGCCGCCUUGGAUGGGUUUCGCGAUACCGCUCGGUGUAGCGUUGUCAACCUUCGGAUGUGCUCUUAGCAUACAAUUCAGCGUGUCUAGGCUAUGCUUCGUCGCCGGCAGAGAGGGUCACGUACCGCGAGUCUUCAGCUAUGUGCAUAUCGAGAAGAUGACACCGGCCGCAGCAGUAGUUUUUCAGGGUAUACUCUCACUAGCGUGCCUAUUGCUAGGUGACAUAACUGCACUGAUCGAGUUCGCUAGUUUCCUUAUGUGGGUAUUCUAUGGAUUGGCGAUGGUGUCACUCAUAAUUAUGCGACGGACUAAAGCUGACGCUCCGAGACCGUAUACCGUACCUAUCGUGAUACCUUGGAUAGUAUUGGCUGUCUCCAUCUUUCUUGCGGUGCUUCCGAUAGUUUACGAACCAUCGUUAAAAUAUCUUUUUGCACUCGCAUUUAUUCUGUUCGGUAUUGUCGUAUAUCACAUAUUUGUGUAUAAGAAGAUAAGAAACAGUUUAUCAGCUAAACUGACGUACUUCAUACAGGCGUUUUGUUUAAUUGUCGCUCCAGAUAAAGAAGACUGACCAAAAA